GUUAGGGAGGACAGUACAUUUUUAAUUGAACGAUUUUAUAGUCAUUUUUCAUUUAACUUCAGAAAUCACUGCUUUUAGUGUUCUCUAAAAAAGGGGGCUUUCCUGACUAUAUUUUGUCCUAAACAAGUAGUUGCUUAGAGAUUCUUUUUUAGACAUCUCACAUAUUAUAAUAUUUUUUCCUUAUUCAAGUCUUUUCACUUUGUGUUAACAAGUAACACGUUUUUCUUUUUUCUGAUUGCACAAAAUGUAUGUCAUCUGUAGAUGCACUUCCAAUGUUGAAAUACGGGGGUGUGGUUAUAAAAGAAAGAUAAAUAGGUAGAAAUUCUCCGAUCCUGUUUUAUUUGAACACAUUCACUGCCAUCAGACACUUAACCUGCUUAUACAGAUGGCGUACUCUACACAAACACUGGCUGGGGGCUGCUUUGGGAAAAUAUACAAGGAGAAGUAUGGAGAGACAUGGGCUGCUGUGAAGAGAGUCCCUCUUGGCAUCAUCAACAAACAACAGCUGGAAAGAGAAUGCAGAGUAUACCAUAAUGUUCGGCAUCCCAACGUUGUGAAACUUCUUGGAGAUCCGUGGCUGAAAGACUCCAAGUGGAACAUUCCUUUGGAAUUCAUCUUUGGUGAAGACCUUGAGACAACCAUCUUUAAAGCGCAAGUUUCUAAAAUACAGCUGACUCCAGCAGUGAAAGGCACCAUCAUAACUGGUAUGUGUGAAGGUUUGCUUCACCUGCACAGUAAAGACAUCGUCCACCAGGACCUCAAACCCGAUAACAUCAUGGUUGAGUAUCAAACCCACCGUGCUGUUAUCAUUGAUUUGGGGCUGGCUAAAUUCUUCAGAAAUGAAUUCACCUCUGCAGUAAACAUGGGUAAUGAGGCUUACUCAGCUCCAGAGAUCCUGCAGAUGAAUGGAGUUCGUGACAAGCGUUCAGACGUUUGGGCCAUGGGUAAAAUCAUAGCUGAGGUCUGUGUCAGGUUCAGGUUACAGACCCAAUUUGUGUCAGCCAGUAAAAUUCGGGAAACUCUUAAAGACCAGCCGUACUGUAUUCCUGUGUCCAGUAUGGUGGAAGUCAAUCCGAACUACAGAGCAACUAUGGCUGCAGUUAUCUCAGACAUUAGGAGAGCUGGUUCAACUUCACAAAUGGACAUGAGGCAAAGAGAUGUCACAGUGACACAGACAAAUGAAGUUAGAGGAAAUCAAAAGUGGUGUCCACAAGUGCCCGCUGUACCUAAGAUGGAGGUAAAGAAUCCUCCUAUGGUAAUUUAUCGGCAGGAUCCACCUCAUCAGAGAGAGGCGGUGAAGGCAUUAGUCCCAGUAAAAGGUGAGGCCUUAAACAAUCAGAUGUCCCUGAUGUCAUUUCCUUGCCCUCUUCCGGAAACCGGAAAAGUGACUCAGGAACGCUACAAUGAGGAGAAAGGAGCUCUAGAAUAUAAAGAGAUUGUCACGAAAGGUGGGAAGAUCAUUAAGUAUGAGAAAGUGCAAAUAACCAAAGAUUCUUAAAAAUGAGCGAGAGUAUACUUUGUCUUCUGACAAAAUUGCUGAUAUCCUAUG